CAUUGAUAUUCGUCUCACAAUCACUGUCACAACUCGCUCUUGUCUAACGUUGUUGAUCCAGUAUCGAUAUUCCUUAUUUCUAUCCGAGGAUGCAGACCAAUCACGGGACAAGAUAUUUGAAUCUUUGUCUUCGUUUAUCCGGACCUAGGCCCACCUGUAUCACACUUGUGCUACGCUAAUUAAUAUCAUCCCCAGAACCAGCUUAACCUACCAAAAUUCUGUCAUCUUUGGUCGCACCAAGCUUCUUCCAAGCUUGCCGUCAGCCAGCCAUCGAUUGAUCUCGCGCAUAGGCUAAUGUAAUAUUCCUAGUCACUUCGCUGCUUCUGGACGUGGCGUUUGCCCUGAAGGGAUGCGUUGUCUCGGCAAAGUAUUGAUGACCGCGGCUCACAUAUCGAUAUUUGAUGAUGUACUUAUGAUAUUCUCUAUGUUUUCUAUUCUUUCUAUCUGCUUAUUCAAUUCUUUCUCUUCUUACCCUUUUGUUUAUUGAUGUUCGCGAUCUAAUUAUUUACGGCAUCUGUCGCGUCACGUUCUUUCAAAGUCAUCACAGACUUGCGUAACUGUGUAGCAUUGGGAGCAAUAUGAAUUUCAUUCUGUUGGUCUUCGCCCUUUUGGGUUCAAAUCAAGCUUUCGCAGCAACGACUAGUUCAUCCGGAACUCCAUCCCCAGCCUCGUCGCUAACCUCAUCUCUGCCGCCAACAGUCUCGAGCUCUCUAUCAGUUGGGGGCUCAUCGACUACCCUGAAAACAUCUUCAACCUCGAGGACGGCUUCAGCUGCUACAUCAUCAUCUACCAGCAUACCAUAUUGGCUGGAGCAGAUCAAGCAUCAAGGACUUUCGCCUUUCAGUCCCGAUCCAGCAAACUACCAAGUAUUUCGAAAUGUCAAAGAUUUUGGAGCCAAGGGGGACGGUAGGACUGAUGACACUGCCGCCAUCAACAAUGCAAUGAAGUUCGGGACCCGAUGUGCACCUGGAACGUGUCAAUCAACAACCACCACUCCCUCAAUUGUGUACUUUCCUUCUGGGACUUAUUUAAUAUCAGCGUCGAUCAUCGACUAUUACUUCACACAAAUCAUUGGAAACCCUAACAGUCUUCCAGUCUUGAAAGCUACGCCAAAGUUCAACGGAUUUGGUCUCAUCGAUGGCAACCCAUAUGCUGCUGGCGGAGUGUUGUCAUAUGGUGCAACGAACGUGUUUUUCAGGCAAAUCAGAAACAUCGUCUUUGAUACGACGGCUAUUCCCGCUGGGCAGUCAGCAACAGGUCUCCAUUGGCCAACAUCGCAAGCCACUAGUCUGCAGAAUUGUGUGUUCAAAAUGAGUGAUGCUCCUGGGACCCAACAUCAAGGACUUUUCAUUGAGGAUGGCUCUGGUGGAUUCAUGAAUGAUUUGGUCUUUUAUGGCGGACUGAACGCAGCCGUUUUUGGUAAUCAACAGUUCACAGUCAGAAAUCUCACAUUCUAUAAUGCCGUCACAGCAAUCAGCCAGAUCUGGGAUUGGGGUUGGACUUAUCAAGGCAUCAGUGUCACAAAUUGCACAACAGGGAUCAACAUGGCUUCGGGUGGACGCACUGGUCAAAGUGUUGGUUCUGUGACCAUCAUCGACAGCACAUUCACGAACACCAAAAUCGCCAUAUCUACCGCUCAUGAUGCUACAUCAAUGCCACUUACGGCUGGAAGUUUGAUUAUCGAAAAGGUUACUAUCAAUAAUGUUGGUGUUGCAGUGCAAGGAUCUACGGGACCAUUGUUGUCAGGAGGCACAACCACGAUCGGAGGUUGGGGCCAGGGGCAUUCGUAUUCCCCAAAUGGGCCAACCAACUUUCAGCGAGCCAUGUCACCUUUUACACGACCUUCAUCGCUCACCAUCAACGGCAAGUACUACGCACGAUCGAAACCACAAUACCAAGCGCUGCCUCUGUCUCAAUUUGUUAGUGUGCGAGCAGCUGGAGCCAAAGGCGAUGGAGUAACGGACGACACAGCCGUGAUCAACAGACUACUAACAUACGCCACAGCUGCAAAGCUGGUGGUGUUCUUCGACUAUGGGAUAUAUCGUGUGACAUCUACAGUGUUUAUCCCGCUUGGAGCAAAGAUCGUUGGUGAAGCAUACUCCACGAUCCUCGGAGCUGGUCCAUUCUUUUCGGACAUUACAUCGCCACAACCUGUGGUAUCUGUUGGAACCCCUGGGCAAUCAGGUACUAUUGAAUGGUCUGAUAUGAUCGUCUCCACCCAGGGCGCAACAGCAGGUGCAAUUCUCAUUCAAUGGAACCUCGCCUCUACCGCUGGAUCUCCCUCUGGAAUGUGGGAUGUCCACACUCGAAUUGGUGGCUUCGCAGGUUCCGAUCUUCAGCUGGCCCAAUGUCCAACAACACCGACGUCAGCAGCAGUCAAUCCAAAUUGUAUUGCGGCGUUCAUGAGCAUGUACAUUGCCCCUUCGGCUUCAUACCUUUACAUGGAAAACACCUGGUUCUGGACAGCCGACCACGAUGUCGAGGAUCCAAAGCUCAACCGAAUCACGAUAUAUACCGGCAGAGGUCUCUACUGCGCAUCAACAGUCGGAUCAAUCUGGAUGGUGGGGACCAGUGUGGAACAUCAUGAUCUCUACCAGUACCAAUUCGUUAACACCAAGAACAUCUACGCCGGACAAAUCCAGACUGAGACUGCAUACUGGCAGCCUGUACCCAAAGCAGGUGUAGCUACGCCUGUUGUACCUAGAUGGAAUGAUCCCGACUUUGCCACUUCCUGUGUAGGCGUUAGUGGCAACUGUGCAGCUGGAUGGGGGCUCCGAGUUCUCUCCAGCCAAAGCGUACUGAUUUAUGGCGCUGGACUGUACAGUUUCUUCAACAACUACAGUGUUUCAUGCUCCAACCCUGUCAAACCGCCAGGAAACGGCGGCAGUUGCCAGACUCGUAUCUUCAGCAUCGAAGGCUCGACCAGCAAGAACGUUAAUGUCUAUAAUCUCAAUACUAUCGGAAGUCUACAAAUGGUAACGAAAAAUGGUGUGAACUUGGCAAACUUCAGUGAUAAUGGGAAUGUGUACCCUGAUACCAUCGCACUGUUCAAAAGCGGCUAAUUGGGGGCAUGGGUUGAAUGGGUGAGGAUCUGUUUGCGAUUGGAAAGUUUGGAAUAUGAGAUGGAAGCAUUUAGAGAAAUCGUCUUCAAAUCGUUUAGGAUUUUCAGAUCUACAAUUAUCCGACGGGUAUGGCGGCCAUCUUCUUGCGUGUUGAACGAUUUCGAUGGUUGACACACUGCUCUAUCAUCUUUAAUGCAUGAUCAAGCUUUACGUCAUGUGUAGGGUAGUUCUACAAUCUAGUAUUCUAUUGAGCUCCUGACGCUGUUCCGGAACAUGGG